AUGAUUCACGUGGACGAAACGGAUCCCCUCGGCGAUGUGCCGCCGCCAUUUCCUUAUCGUGAAGUCGAGAUAGAACGCGGCGUGGACGCCAAGCAGUUGUACGAGUUGAGCACCGAAAUUGGAAGGGGAAAAUUCGGUGUUGUGCACAUUUGCAAGGAAAAAUCCACCGGCACCCGACUGGCGGCCAAGUUUAUUCAGAUCGUAAAGAAGGGCGACCGGCGGAACAUCGAACGCGAGGUGCACAUGAUGAACGUCCUGCGACAUCCGAAGAUUGCUCAACUGUACGCUGCAUACGAGUACGAUCGAACCUUCUGCAUGGUGAUGGAACUGGUGGAAGGCGGCGAACUGUUCGACCGAGUGCUGGACGAGAAGUUCCUCUUAACUGAGCGGGCUUGCGCCAUCUUUCUGCGGCAGAUUUGCGAUGCGGUCGCGUACAUCCACGGGAACAACAUCGUGCAUCUGGAUCUGAAACCGGAGAACAUUCUCUGCCUCACCGAGAGCGGCAACCGGAUAAAGAUUAUCGACUUCGGUCUGGCUCGUGAGUACGAUCCGGACAACAAGCUGCAGGUGCUGUUCGGAACGCCCGAAUUCGUUGCACCGGAGGUGGUCAACUUCGAGGCGAUCUCCUUUGCGACCGAUAUGUGGAGUGUGGGCGUUAUCGCUUACGUGCUUGUGUCCGGUCUAUCACCCUUCGCAGGCGAAGAUGACAUUCAAACAAUGGCAAACAUUACGAUAGGCCGGUAUGAUUUUCUGGAUGAAGCAUUCGACGGCGUGUCGGAGGAAGCGAUUGAUUUCAUUAAUCGCUGUCUAGUAAAGGAACAAAAGGAACGAAUCACCGCAGAGGAAGCGCUCAAACACAAAUGGAUCAAGCGGAAACCGCAGUACUAUCCGACGAAUCGACGACCCUCAAUCACAACCUUUAAACCAGUUUUGCUCGACAGUAAUGGCAACAAUAGGGUACCUUCUGACAACGAAAUCGACAAGGAGAAUCUGAAGGGCCUGGUAUCCAAGUGGAACGAAACACCCAACAACCGUUACGCUUUUGAGCAAGCGACGGAAAGUGUGAUUUCGCCCAGUGGAGAAACGAUUCAGAUACGCCGUCCGAGUGCGGAUGUCGGUGGCCGAAGGGGAAGCCUAGCCAGAGGCGACGAAGAACCGUUGCUCCUGUCGCCAUCCUCAUCGACUUCGUGUUGCUCGUCAUCGUCACCAUUAUCAUCGGAAGUGAGCGCUACUAAUCUCGUUCUGGCAUCGAGCAGCGAAAGUAUCAUGGCCUCCUCCCCGCCUGACCCUGCACCCAUGCGUCCCGCACUAGUGCCAUUAGAGAUAGUUCCUAACACGACCACCACUGGCACGUCGAUCAGCAACAUUGGCACGACCACCAACGGCAGUAGUAGUUGCGAACCUCCCAGUAAUCUCACCAGUAGUGACAUCCAUGCUAACAACAGUAAUAGUAAUAGUAAUAGCAAUAGUAGCAAUAACUUCGAUUCGAGAUUGUCACCUCAUCUGCAUCAGCAAGGAGUGUCACAACCACCGUCACCAUCUGACCAUUCUCGUUCAUCUUUCUCAGAUCAUUCUGCGGCGCCUGAACAGACUGCUCUACCAGCCCCCGCGGUGGAGGUGGCUAAGCCGGCUAAAGUAAAGGAACCCUUGUCCAAACCCAACCCCACAACCCCACAGAACACCACCAACGACACUACACUGAACAAUGGAUCGACGAUCGCUAGCCCCGCGGUGCCUACCACUCCCCUGAGCCCAACCACUCUCGGCACAGCCGAUCUAGACACGGAACUCGAGAGUCUCAAGUCGAAGGUAAAGGUCAUCCGAACGGGCAAAAUCAAACAACCGGAAUUCCUGGCAAACGACGACUUCAAGCUGCCAACCUUCAAGUUUCUACCCAAGUCGAUCAGUCUGUGCAACGACGACUCAGUAUUCAAAGAAAACUACACCAAAUUCUGUGAUCGAAACGCAAUUCAAAAACCUUUUCAUCUGCAAGCAGCCUCGGCAGCGUCGUCGGAAGUGACCUCCUCGGUUACAACCACCCAGCAAGUUUCGGACGGUCCCAACAAGCUGAUCGUAACCAAAACCACCAAGAGUAGCAAAACUUCAGCGGAUGGAACGAAAACCGUCACCAUUCGAAAGACGAUCGUCAAGCAGAAGAAGAUCAGCGAAGAGCCACAAGAGGAGAAACCGAUGCUGAAAUCGCCACAACCCUCGUUGGACCGAUCGGCUUCGAUCAAGCGAACCAAGUUCCGCGUCAAUCAGAUGAGCAGCCGGGACGUCCCGGUAGCGAUCAACAGCGUCGCGAAACGUUAUCUCGAACAGAAUCACCUAAUCGCCGCCACCGAAUCGACCUACCCAGUGCCCAAGUCGGACCAGCUGGUGAAGAAGUUCCACAAAGAUCACCACCAGCAACAGCAGCAGCAGCAGCUGAAUGUAGAAACAACCAACAAUCUGAAAAACACGCUGAAAAUUCGAAGCCUCUCGGUGGACUGGGAUGCUGUGGAAGCGGUUGAGAAUCGAUCGAUGAAAUCGAUCAACACCUUCCUGAAACGUACGACGGCCACCUCCAGUGCGAAUUCGGCCGUUAAACAGAUCCAACAGCAGCUCGAAGCCAGUAUUCACAAGUGA